AUGCCUGCUUACUUAUGUAUGCUAAUAGUCGCCAUGGCUGGCAACAUCGAAUGUCCACAAGGAGAUUUGCUGUUAAUUUCUGCUUUGCAUCCUCCAAAGCUCACAGGCCAGAGUGAUAGGAUGGUGGGAAGCGUCAGUCCUUGGUUGUCGUUUCAGGUCACAGUUGAAUUGAGUUGGAGGGUGAAAGAGCCAUCCGGCCAAUCAGAACUGCGGAUCUCGGCGAUCUACGAACACGAGGGACUUUUUAUCCCAGUCGUUCGGAUAGACCCGAAAAAACGAGCCUCACACCGACUUGCCUGUAUCAGGCCCGCUCUGUCUGUUCUGCCCGCUCCGGCCAUUCUUCCGUCCGACGUUAUGCUCUUUAUGGCUGGCCAGUCGGUCUGGAAUGCCGCCCUUGCCCCUCUUCUGAUAGGCCCAGGCCUCCCUCCGCCCAGCCAUAAAUCCCACUAUGUUAUUUGCCAUCAGCCCUGGCGCUUAUCGCUGGUGGCAAAAAGUCUCUUUCCUACACAUUCUAGACUCAGCCUUCCCUGUUCACCAAGUUGGACACAUAAAAAUCCCCCCAAAUCCCCCCCCUCUUCUUCGCCCCCGGCUACACACAUUCGUCGUCAAGCCGUAAUCCGAUGUCGCCCUCGUCUGCCACGUCAGCCGACGAGACUGUCGUCAGCACCGAACGGAACUCAAAGUCAGGACUUCUUCAAUCCCCGAGAUGAUGUUGAGGGCCCAUCUUCAGAGUCGGACGUCCGCCAGUAA